AUGGCUCCGUCCCCCCUACGCGACCCCAUCGAGUACUCUCCCACGACCUCGAGUUUCCUCUCCUCGACCUCCAACGCGGUCACGUCAGGAUCAGUGCGCCGGAAUCUGUUCUCGACACAUCUGUCGCGCCGACCGGCUUCCGGAGCACAACCAACUCAAUUAGACGGGCAAAAUGACACCCAGGACUCUCCGUCGCAGACACAAGCCCAACCACAACAACAACAACAGCAGCAGCAGCAGCAGCAGCAGCAGCAGUACGGGAGCCAGCUGCCGCGCUUGCGGAGCCAUCAACGCUCAGUGUCGACCCCAUCCCUCUCACCGUCACCGCCACGCUCAUCACCCUUCCACAAUGUCCUCGAUGGCAGCAGCGCAGCCUUAAUCCCACCUCCCAUCCCACAACUAUCCCCUCCGCAUCGCGCCGCGGCGGCCGAUAGGUACGACCCGACAGUCUCGCCGAAUCGACCCCUCAGUCCGCAUUCCUCGGCCGCACUAUUUCCCAAUCAAUCCAUCAUUGCAUUGAACCCUGUCACCGGCCGUCCCGUGCUGCCCAAGCUGCCCGUCCUUCCCAGCCGCUUGAGGCUCACCGAUUCGGACGACGAAACGAACGACGGUCAAGGCGAGGGCGGGGCAGAGGACGACGAAGACGUCCAAGUACAUCACCCCCCCAUGGCGGCAGGGGAAGGGUUCUCUGAUGAUGAUGACGACGACGACGACGAUGACAACGACGACCGAUUCCACGAGUCAACCGUCCAAGCCUCCACUCGCCGAGCGGGCCAUCGCGCACGACAAAACCAGCACCUGAACGGCCCACCGCAUUCCUCCUCAGUGGCCGGGACCCGCACCAUACAUACACAUACACAUGGUCAUGCGCACACUCACACUCACACGCAUACGCAUACGCACACGCACACGCACAUGGACGCACAAGUAGCCGCCGUAGCCGCCGCCCGGGCCCAAGCCGAGGCCGUAGCCCUGGACGAGUCGGACUCGGAGCGGCGCGACCGCGAACGCAUCGAACGCCUCCUCCACGAAAUGAUGUCGCGGCAACGGGCACGCGCCAAGGGCAAAUCCGCCGCGUCGAGCACCGUGGCGGGAGCGGCGGACGAGGACGAGGACGAGGACGAGGAGGACGAGGCCCAAGCGGAGAAGGAAGAGUUGAUGGGGCUGAUCAUGGGGAGUCUACGGCGGGAGGUCGGUCGCGCCGAGGACGAGGCGUGGAUGUUUGGCGAGAGUCUGGGCAUGGGCGCCAUGGUCGGGAGGGACGAGGUCGGCGUCUACGACUGA